CCUAAAUUUGGCGCAGUUUUCAACAUGAGAGCCAGCAGAAGAAAACGAACCAACGGAUCUCCAACCAGGGCCCGACCCGGAGACCCAUCCGAAUCGGGCAGGACCCGUAACUCCAGAUUCUCCUCCCCUCCGCCAUCAUCCUCACUUCUUCUCGACAGCGACCCCAUCACUGAAGAACUUGCAGUCUUUGAAAAACUCCAAAUCUCUUCGCCCGACCCGAAUCCCAACCCAAGAAGCUUUCCUUACAGCGUGAAGCAACAAUGCUGGGAAAAGGCAGAGAAAAUCAAGGGUCGUGACCCGGAUCGAUGGCGCCGUGACCCGCUAGGGAAUAUUGUGUUCCGGAAGCUUGUGGGCUGCCCGGGUUGUUUAUGCCACGAUUAUGACCAUAUUGUUCCUUAUUCUAAGGGAGGACAAAGCACAUUAGAAAAUUGUCAAGUUUUGCAGGCAACCGUUAAUCGAUCUAAGGGGAACCGUACUGAGAUAUCUAAAUCUGAACUUAUUCAGAAGAGUUCUUACUGUCGGGUUUCAGGUCGAGAUUUGGAUUUACUUGAACUGACAGCCUAUGGUAAUGUCCGACGAGGACAAGAUUCUGGGGGAUGUAACAUCCAGUGAUGAUUAUGUUGUGGGCUGGUGACUUGCACAAUUGCAUCUGUUGUAAAAUUGAAUUAGCUAGAAAGCCUAGAAUAUACUCUAUUAGUUAGAACAUAAUUUCUCUCAUUCUCUAUAUUGUUUAAGCUUAUUGAUAAUGAAUUUAUUUGAGAACAUUCCUAGUUAACUGGGCUUUUUUUCGUUU